AUACCUCUCUCACUGGCACUCCGUCCCCACUCUCUCUUAACAAAUUAAAAAAUAAAAAAUAAAAUCAAGAAACCCAAAUUGGAAGGAAGAGUUUCUUAACUCAUUUGAUCGCUCCUCCCUCGCUUUGAUCCCCACCCAUUCUAUAUUGUAAUAAAUAAAACACGAAAGAGAAAGAGAGAGAAGAAGAAAAUUAGAGACAGAGAACCGUUGGACGGAGCGAUUCAUAACAAAUACUACACAACACAACAGUAGCAGGCGGCGACGAAGACGAAGAAAUUGUAAUAAGAAUAUAAUCUUUUCCAAAAGAGCCUCAGAUCGGGAAUAUGGGCGGGGAGGACAAUAAGGAGACAGCCACCGAUAGUCAAGACUCAUCAUCACCUGCCGUUAAGAAGCGCAGCGGCGGAGGUAUUCUAUCCCGUGUUUGGAAGGCUGUCUUUAGACCUCACGGUGACGAUUUCGAGAAGAGACUGCAACACAUUUCUAAGGAAGAGGCUGCUGUUUUAUCUAGAAUCAAUCGGAGAUCCCGCAAUCGGAGGAAGAUCACUCGCCAUCUCAUUGUUUUCUCUGUCCUUUUUGAGGUUAUUGCAGUCGGUUAUGCUAUCAUGACCACAAGAUCAAUGGAUAUGAAUUGGAAGAUGAGGGCUUUUCGAAUCUUACCAAUGUUUCUUUUGCCUGCUUUAUCAUCCCUUGCGUAUUCUGCCUUUGUAAGCUUCACCAGGAUGUGUGAUCGCAGAGAUCAAAAAACUCUGGAGAGGCUUCAGGCUGAAAGGCAAGCGAAAAUUGAUGAACUUAAAGAGAAGACAAAUUAUUAUUCGACUCAGCAGCUCAUUCAGAGAUAUGAUCCUGACCCGGCAGCUAAGGCAGCUGCUGCAACUGUCCUUGCAUCUAAGCUGGGUGCAGAUUCUGGCUUGAAAGUGUACGUUGGAGAUGAAUCUAAGCCAACUCUUCCUACAGGGAAGAGUAAUGAUGCUGAGUUUGUGCAAGCUAGUGGGCUCAGAAAUAGAAAGCAAGUGCACACAACAUCCAGUAGUUCAGGGAGCACUCUGGUGCAGCAUUCUGAUGAAGAAAUGCCACUUUCUGUGCAAAGUGAAGGUCCUCUGACAUCUGAGCAUAAUCAGCUUGUUGUUGAGCAUUACACUCCGCAGGGAUAUACCACAUAUGAUGGGGGAUGGGUUGCUCGAAUUGCAGCAUUACUUGUGGGUGAGGAUCCAACACAAUCAUAUGCACUGAUAUGUGGCAACUGCCAUAUGCACAAUGGGCUUGCUAGGAAGGAGGAUUUUCCAUACAUUACAUAUUACUGCCCACAUUGUCGUGCCCUGAACCAGCCAAAACAACUAGAGGAGCGUGUUUCUGGUUCUAGUUCCCCCGGAUUGAGCACUUUGAGGAAAGGGACGGGGGGUAGCGCUGAACCCAUCAGCAAUGCUGGUGAUUCUCCGAGUGAUGAUAGUAUACUUGCAAGCAACAGCCUUGAUGGAGCUGGUUCUGAGAUUGAGGAAGUAACAGAGACGAUAGCAUCAAGGGAGGUUACUAGUUAAGACGGGAGCUAUGUAAUUAGAGGCGAGGUUUUGUCAUGUUCAGCCUAAAAGCUGACCUUAAGGGUUUGGGACUUGCUGGUUUGUAUUGGAUUUUUGAUCGUGCCUGCCAUGUAACAAACAGCAGCAACUUCCAUGAUAUUUGUGAGUGAGUUCUUUUCGUGGCCAAAGAUACAUGAAUAGAUCAAAUUGUCUUAUUGUUGCUUA